CCCCGCGGCCUCGUUGUUGCUCGCUCUUUCCGUCAGUCAGGUCGUAUGGUGGUUGUGCCCUUGGACCACCGUCGAUUUUUAUCUGAGCGGAACGAAACAGAGAUACGUGUGCCUGUUUGUUAUAAACAAUCCGAAACUUGAAUAUCUAUAUUAUCAAACGACCGGAAAAAUACGGCGAAACACAACCAUUUUUUAGCUGAAUUUAGCUUGUGAUCGGUGACCUAGUUCCGCAAAGAUCGAGCCGAGCCUACACGAGGAGCCGGCCAGCUGAUUUCCAAUAUGGAGGCCGACCAACAUUUAGCUAACGACUACAUUUCCGAUUUUGAUCUUGAUCAGUUACUUGAUCCUUCAGCAAUAAAAAAGGAGACAAAUAAAUUCGCUGAUUGUUGUGGGUCGGCGGUAAAUGCGCCCGUCCCAGCCCCAGUGAAGAUUGCCAGGCCGACCGCACCUGCCCCGACUGGGCACAGUGUUCCACCGUCGCCAAGUUACGCAGAGAGUGUGCCCCCCAGUCCGACCGAGAAUGAACAGUUGAUGGAGGAUAUAAGUUGGCUGACCCAGAGUGUUACAGGGUUCGUCGCCGGCUCUGACGACAGUUCUAGUAACGACAGCGAUGUGGACAUGCUCAUAUCAUCCAGUCCAGAGUUUGUGAAAAAUUUCAGCAAGUAUUUGGUGUCGGGGGCUGAGGCAGGCAAGGGAGAGUUGCAGAGCACACCACCCAUACAAGUUCAGGAAGAAAAUGCAAAAUUUAAACGCUCUCUCAGCAAUGCAAGCACCGACAGCAAUUUCAGUUCUGUGUCGUCCAAUAUGGCGGUCGAAGACAAAGUGGCCGUGAAAAUAAAGACUGGCCUUAAAGCACCGAAAAGGAACAACAUUAACAAAAAAUUCGAGCCUUUGGAGGAUGACGAAUUGGUGAUGCUCCCCGUGCGAGAGCUCAAUCGUCGUUUGCAGGGAAUGACAAAGGAGGAAGUGCAGAAACUCAAACAAAAACGCAGGACAUUAAAAAAUCGAGGCUACGCGCAAAACUGCAGAUCAAAAAGAAUGCAACAGCGCAGUGUAUUGGAGAAAACUAAUAAAUCUUUAGAGCAACAAGUGCAGCAACUACAGAGGCAGCUCAGCUUGCUGACCCGCGAGAAGGAAUUUUAUAAGCAGCAGUGCGAUCUUCUUGGGGCUCGAUGCAGUAUCAUUACACAGGCAAGGAAGCGUGACGGUUCCCUUACUGACGGCUCUGUUUCUAGCUACCCAAGUUCCCCAGAGUAAAAUUUCAUUAACUCCAGGACAAUAAAUUUCCUCAAACCUUUCUAGACACCGCUGGGUUUGUGCUAAUUUAUUAUCAAACUUUCAUAUCCUCAACAAUUGAACAUGGAAAAGAAAAUUCAUGUAAAUAUUGAGAAAAUGUCCCAGCAACUAUAUUUUAGUUUCACCCAACUCAUUAUCUGUGUAUCUACUAUAAUAUGUAUAGUUAGAUUCAGCUGUUGAUAAUUUUGUUGUUUAUGUUUUUACAGUUCAUCAACUAUAUAGUAUGAAGUAUGUACAAGCUGUUAAUCCAUGCUUACU